CAUCCAGUCCAAGUCAGUCAAUCAACAGCCUUGCCACGAAAUCUGACGAAGACUGAGGCAAAACUCCAUCAAAAACAUGAAGUUGAUUGCGGCACUCGCUCUGUUGGUGACGGGCACCGGUCAAGCUUUUGCACUGAUUAGUUCACCAAAGAUCCCCAAAGCCGAGUCAGCACUCCUUGUACUCCAAUGUCCUAUCGCCGACUUGGACGUGAGCCAGGACUGCAAAGACCUCGGGUUCUAUUGUGACGAUAACAACGAGGUCAAGGCGAAAAAAUCGGGCCAUGAGGAGUCACCGUGCUUUGACUGGUGUAAAUGCGUCGCUGAUAUUUAGUGGAGGAAGGAAUGCGGACGCUGGAUAGCAGACAGGAGGUGAUGAAGUCAAGGAAACCUGGAAUAUAUUCAUCAUCAAAGAUGGCCGUAUUGCUAUAGUAUCAGGCCAAAAAUUGCAAAAGAAGAAGAGAAAUACAAACUCCAACAUGAAGCCGAAGCCAGACAAGGUGUCCUAAAGGAGAGACAAGAAGUG